UUCCCAUUGCACGCCAGCUGCGGACGCGCCAGUCCCAACUUCGCCCUCGUUCCCUCGUGUGUCAUGGACUGAACGACGACGUCCUCUUCCUCCCUCCGCUGCAUACCACCCCCCACGCGCAACGAAGCUCGCCAGACAAAGCUCGCACAGCUCGCCCACCGUCGCAAUGGCCGCGAAGGCGCGUCCCUAUAAGGACUUCCUGUCCCCGUUCACGCACCGCCAGUUCACGAGCGCCGCUAUUCUCACGCUUGGCCUCUGCUAUGCCGAGGCAGUAUGGAUGGGAGAAUGGGAUAAUUUUAUUUGGAUGUGGUUCCCCAUCGGUCGCGCCGGAAUGCGCGCCAUUCUGCUCUUCAUAUCCUAUCUCAUUAUUCUCAUGCUAUGCGUCUCGCACAUACACAUUGGCGCGCGAACCACCGACUCACAGUUCGACACCUUCCGGCAGUACCUUUUCCGAUUCAACACGUUGAGCACCAUCAUCUGUUACGCUUUCUCUGCGUGGUGGUACAGCGAAGUCUACAUGUGGUGUAGGCCUCAUUCCGACAACCUGGGAUGGGUAGAUCAUGGAAAGACCUACGAGAGGCCUAGGCUGAAUGAGCGCCCGCUCUAUGUCUAUGUCAUGUUUUUCCAGCUUGCGUUGUUGCAAUCGGCCGUCCAUCUUUACAGGGAUUAUGGCAGGGUUCAGCUCCCGACCACAAAGUUGGCACCCAAGGCCGAUGAGGGCGCAUCCAUUCCGGCGCGCCAGAGAGUUAUCAAGCGCCUGCUUCCGAUGGUCAACACGAUAUUGCCUAUCCUGAUGGGCUACAUCGUUGUGGCAAACAUCCUAUACUUUGUGGUCUUCCGCAAAAUGGCAUGGAACAUCGCCUAUCCUGUCAUUAGACUCGUGUCUCCUUCGAUACCUAAGAACUCGAAGCCGCGGGCUUUCAACUUCAUAGGCCUUACAGGAAGGGUCUUUGUCCAGAGCAUUCUUUUGACAUUCUUGUGGGAGUUUACGAAUACUGCGUUUUCAGUCUACCUUGCGCAGGAACCACUCAAGAAUGGCAAGCCCAUUACUGACGAUUCCAAGGACCCUAAUGGGAGUCUCCUGAUCGGGCUUAAGGCCAAGAGGGACAUGCCUAGGAACAUGGCUUUUUGGGAGCUUGCCCUCAUAUCUCAGCGCUUCCCGGAACGUCGCAAGACUAUCUACACUGAGCUCAACCUAGCUGGUUCUGGCAUAGCUACCUGGAAAUCCGUUCUCGAAGCAUGUCUCCUCGAAAUCACUUCUAUCAAGUCCCGCAUUGAUUCCCUUACCGCACCACCUCCGCCCGCAGAGACAAUGACCCCGGAGCAGCGCGCCGAAAUGGAGAGUAAAAUGCUCAAGCGCAUCUCCGGUGCGGCAGUCAAGACAGACGAUGUCUUUGUGGCUGAAGAAGCACCCGCCACUGAAUUGGAACGAGGCGUUGGUCAAUUCGCCGACUUCGCCAAGCGGCGCGGCCAGCACCCCGGCGCGGAUCCGCUCUCGCCGGUACGAGAGGGUGGAAAGAGGCUCAUUGAGUAUGGCGGCAAGCGGUUGCUGUCAGACGAGCACCGCAAACAGCUCGAGCCCAAUUCGCUCAUGGGCAUAGUCCAGGUAUGGUUCGUCAAGCUCGUGGCCUCUCCGGUGGGCGGUCCAUUCCGGCAGACUUUCGCACGGCGCGUCACGGCCGCUGUGCUGGGUACGCCCUACUCGCAUACUGGCGCAGUCAUUAACGCCAUUGUCGCGACGACGGAGCUGGCACUCAACAGCAUAAAGGAGGACGACUUCGGCAUCGUGAGCCGUGACAUCGCGGUUAUCAUCCGGGCGUUCGCCGACGCCAUCAAGAGCAUCGAGGCGUUUGUCACUGCGCAGGAGCCGCACUGGACCGACAUCGCGUUCCGCGAGCGCCACCGCCGCGUCGAAGAUGUUCAUGAGGUGCUGCUUACGCUGCGCGUGGGCCUCACUCGCAUCGUCGACAAGUUCGGCAAUUACCUUGCUGGCAUGGACAUGGGUAUCCGCGAGGUCAAGGAUGUUAAGGAGCUUAUUGCUGCCCGCGGACCGGAGAUGCAGGAGGCGUAAAGAGCGGUGGGUGCUCUGGCUAGGCACGCGUGCUGCGGUGCUGGCUGAUAGGAGAAAGGGGUGAGGGCCUGCCAGGCGACUAAAAAGAUAUCUUGAGCGGAUUUGGAGAUGGGCGUGCGCACGCAUGCUGCGCUAUGAGGCAGGGUCUCUGCCGAGCUGCUCGCUCGCUCGUCUGCUUGGGUGGCUUGGUGCUGCCGCGCGGGAGCGGCAGGGGGCGGCGCCUUCGGCUCCACGUCUAUCUGGACGAUCUAUGCUUACCUUAGCUCUGUCCGUGUACCUGGCUGGAAGCGCUUCUGCUGCCCCUGAUGGGCAAUAGUUACUAGGCACAUGCAUGCAAGGACGGAUUCUUUCGAAAGGCUAUGGAUACAAUAAGAACACGAGCGAAACUGCCCCUUGGACACGAGCCGCAAGAACAUUUUGCUUUUUUUUAUCCGCGAAUGAAUGCGGGGUUAU